CAUCUGGCAGCUGUGGCACGACUGCUCUCUCUGGCCGAGGGGCUAUUGAGGUCUGGGAUCCCUCUGGGCGCCUACCCAGGAUUUUCUGGGAAGAGGGCUCCCACGGCCCUGCUGACACCCUGGGGAAAGACCAGGACCUGUCAAAACUACAGACAAAAAGCCCCGUUGGUGCUGCAGGUGCCGGCGCGGGCACUGCUGGAGGGGGACACGGUGACACUGCACUGCCGCAGCUGGAAGAAGAAAUCACUCACCAGUGUGAGCUUCUACCAUGAGGAGAAGGACCUGGGGGAGCCCCGUGUUUGGACUGAGCUGUCUCUGUCCCCUCUGCAGCUGCACCACAGUGGUCGCUACCGCUACAGCGGCUGGGUGGGGGUUGCAAUUCCACAGUGGAGAGAGUCGGAGCUGGUGACAGUGACAGUGCACACAGUGGCUGUGAAUGUGGGCAGGACCCUCCUGUUCCUUGUGCUGCUCCUGGCUGUCAUCGGGGGCUGUCACUGCUGGCACCACUGGACAACCAGGAAGCCCCAGGACAGGACUCCCCCAGAGAAGGGGGUUAUGCUUGACCCCCACAUCGUGGGCACCGAGCAGGCAGGGGGGCUCCCACAAGUGUCCCCUGACCCUGCCCCACCUCGGGAUCCUCAAGUGACCAACGUGGAGCUGCUGGGACCCUACGAGGGACAGCAGGACCCCAGAGACAUCUACGAGAAUGUGCUGUGACUCUGGGGGCACUGGGAGCACUGGAGGACAUCGAUUGCCCUCAGGGGUCCCUUCUUCCUCUUCUCAGCACCCCACGAGGCUCCUCAUUCCCUCACCCAGUGAUGGGCAAGCACAUGACCAUUUUCCCUCUUAUUGUACCCAAAAUGCAGCUUUUGGAUAAAACUGUAUGGGAAAUAAAUCUCACUCUUUACAAGUUUUCAGUGUUUAAGAAGGGAUAAAGGGGACAGCAGACAGCUUGCUGAGUGCUUGGCAACUGCCAGAGGCACACGGUUAUCUAUAACGAUUCUUCUUAUGUACCUUUUGAUUGUAUUGGUGAAAUACAUAU